AUGCGAGCGAGUCGCCACGAAAAAGCCACCACCCCCGCCGCCCCAGCCAAUGCAGCACAUGACAUCGACUUUGGACACCUAUGGCGACAGAUGAAGGCGGCGGGGUGGACAUCGAAGCGGCCGACGGGUAUCCAGACCGAGUGGACCUAUGCGAGUCCAACAGACGACGUGCUGGCUGGUGAACGGGCUGUUGUGGAAUUUGCAUUCAAGACGGGCUUACUUGUUGACGGCGAGGACGAUUCCGUCGAGGCCGGAGCAGACGACGCUGAUAAGCGUGACGGACACGGUGGCACUGACGACGCUUCUGAGCAUGACGGACACGGUGGCACUGACGACGCUGCUGAGUGUGACAGACACGGUGGCGCUGACGAUGCUGCUGAGCAUAUCGGACACGGUGGCACUGACGACGCUGCUGAGCAUGACGGACACGGCGAAGGUGGCACUGACGACGCUACCAUUCGUCCCUCGCGGAUAGACACUUCUGUUCUGCUUUCGCAGAAUACCGUCGAGCAGGUAUUAGGCUCGGACUCCGAUGCAUCGGGGGUUGAGCUUUCGCAGAAUGCUGUAGCCAACGCGUUCGAUAUCUCGCAACGAGAUUUACACGCGGAGGAGGGGCAAUGCGACGCAGCUGCUAGCUUUCACUUGCUGUCGGAACCGUCAGGGCUGGAGAGUGAGCGGGAGGACGAACGUGCUGUCGCUCCCUCCGCUGCCCCGCCACGGCGACACCGGAUACCUGCACAACCGACCGCGGACGUGAACGUACUGCAGAACUGGGAGAACAGUUGUGACUACGACGAAUUGAGCUCGGGGGAUGAGAGCGAUGGUGCUGCUGUCGCUGAUGACUACCGCGAUUCUGCGUUCCUCGCGUCACUGCAUGUUGGCGACGGUGGUUUAUCUAGAGCUGAUCCGGAGGAACGCGAGAACACGUUGCGGGCGAUGCAGUGGACUGCAGCCUCGACCGAUUUCGAGACGAACACUACUCCGUACCCGGGUUUGGGUGCGGAGAAGGCAAGGCCGGUUGGUGAGCUGCUGGACCUGUGGCGGUCCCCACUCCUGACACUGUUUUACUUCUUGCCGAAGUCGCUCUGGGUCUCGAUUGCCACCGAGACCAAUCGUUACUGCUUGCAACAAGUGGCCCAACGAGCAAAAAAGAUGGCUGCGCGGCAGUUCGGGUGCCAGCGGGAGACCGCAGCCCAAAUAGCUCGUCGGUUGAGGGCAAAGGAAGCUUACGACGCACACGAGGUCCUACUUGUAGUUGGGCUUCUGGUGGCACCAGAAGAGGCGCUUCGCUUGGUCACUACCAGCCAUGUGUCCUUCGACGAAGGCGUCCUACCCGCCACGUCGAUGCGCAACCCCACUCGCAUUUUCAUGUCGGACAAGCUGCAUCGUUACGGCUCAAAAAUAUUUAUGCUGUGUGACGCAAAGACGGCGUACUGCCACAGAUUUGAAGUUUAUGUUGGCAAGCGGGAGGGCGUCGACAAUCCAAUUGACUUCAAGACUGGCGCAGCUGCCGUACUACGGAAUCUGUCGGCUGUGUUCUCACCUAAAUCACGCCACGCCUGGCAUGCGGUCGUGGUAGACAGGUUCUACUCAUCCGUUCUCCUGGCUAUAGAGCUGCUGAAGAUGAAGGUUUACGUGGUGGGCACAAUCCAGACGAACCGCUUGGGGUUCAACAAGGCAAUACUGUCCAAGUGA